CCGGUGUUAUGCGGUUUCGAAGUAUAUGUAUGUCAAUACGGCGCGGCUGUUUCGUAAUUAAGGUAUUCUACGCAGGAAACACGCGAGCGAGUCGAAAGAGGAGGUCGCGAGGCGCUCUGACGUCCCCGCGAGGGGUCGUCAUUAUUAUCUAAUAGCGCGAUAACACACGAGCCUGUGUCGGCAGAUAAAGCGGGCAGCACGAAAGAGGAAAGACGUAAUCUGCGAAAGCGGCACAAAAAUGCGACGAGAUAGAAAUAUUAUGGCCGAUAAUUAACAUCGCAGGACGCUAAGUAACGACGUAAAAAUCCGCGCGCACCGCGGAAUACGAGCAUCAAUAAAGCGCACCGCUGAAAGCAGUGGUGAUUGACGACAAUCUAGCCGUUCUUCACGAGACCAGCGUGCAAUUCGACAAUGAUCUGCCGGAAUUUAGAACUUACGGCGGGGUCAUACGGAAGAAGGAGGAGUCGCAUGUCGUGGUGGUGCCUUCUUUGAUGUGGGUUAAGGCCUUAGACAUGAUACUAGAUAAACUGCGCGUCUGCGGCGUCGACUUUAGCAAAGUAGCGGCCAUAUCCGGUUGCGCGCAGCAACACGGCACGGUCUAUUGGGGCAAGGGCAGCCGGGGAAGGCUGCAGCGUUUGGACCCGAUAAAAUUCUUGCACGAACAAUUCGCUACGUCGUUUUCCGUGACUCACUCGCCCGUAUGGAUGGAUUCCAGCACGUCGAAAGAGUGCAGCGUUUUGGAGGAGAUCGUGGGUGGCCCGCACAAAUUAGCGGAAAUAACGGGUUCACGGGCGUACGAGAGAUUCUCGGGACCGCAAAUAGCGAAAAUAGCACGCACGAAGCCGGAAGCCUACUGCAGCACUGAGAGAAUCUCUUUGGUGAGCAGCUUCAUCGCCUCCUUGUUUCUGGGCGAUUACGCGCCUAUAGAUUGGUCGGACGGCUCGGGUAUGAACCUGUUAAAUAUCCGUACGAAAGACUGGGAUGACAUGUUGUUGGAGACCUGCGCGUCCGGGCUGAGGGAGAAACUAGGCGAGCCUGUUUCGUCCUACAGCGAUAUCGGUCCUGUAUCACCUUACUUCGUGGAAAGAUUCGGUUUUAACGAAGAAUGUAGGGUAAUCGCGUUCACCGGGGACAAUCCUGGCUCCUUAAUAGGUAUGAGACUGAAGGAAGGUGAUAUCGCAUGCAGUUUGGGCACAAGCGACACCUUAAUCCUGUGGCUGAACGAACCCAAGACCAUAAUGGACGGUCACAUACUGUGCAAUCCAGUAGAUGAUCAGGCUUACAUGGCGUUACUCACCUUUAAAAACGGUUCCCUGACGCGCGAAAGGAUACGGAACGAUGCCGCGCAAGGUAGCUGGCAGAUAUUCAACGAAUUAUUGGAGAGUACACCGCGAGGAAAUUUUGGCAAUUUCGCCGUAUAUUUCGAUACGCAAGAGAUCCUACCUUUCGCCAUUGGAGAUUAUAGAUAUAACAAAGCCAACGACGAGAUCUCGCGAUACAGUUCGAAGGAAGUGGAAGUGAGAGCGCUGAUCGAGGGUCAAUUUGUCGCAAAGAGAGCGUACGCCGAAGACUUUGGAUUUGUCGUUGGACCUAAUACUCGGAUAAUUGCAACGGGAGGUGCAUCUGUAAAUAAAGCUAUACUGCAAGUGCUUUCCGACGUAUUUAAUUCGCCUGUGUACAUCUUGGAAGCAGCUAAUUCGGCAAUGAUGGGUGCGGCAUAUCAAGCGAAACAUGGUCUAACGCGAAAUAGUUGCAGCUUCGAUGAAAUUACACGCUGCUUACCAGAAAUGACGCUGGUAUGUCAGCCUUACGAUGACGCCGAAUCGAUUUACAAACCCAUGACCAUACGUUAUCGCAAAAUCGUAGACCGGAUAUUGAAGAAGAGGAGCGAACAGAAACAUAUAUAAAUUUUGUACAUAACAAAAUGUUCUAAAAAGACCUCUUAUACACGAUUCUCAAAGUAAAUACGAAACGACAAAUUUGUGCUUUUUGAGAGAAUUUUUCUAUAUAUAUUUUUAAAUUAUUUAGAAUGUUGAAUUUUAUACGCACAAUGUGCUUUUUUGUAUUUUAAAAGCAUUUUAUAUAUGGGUGAGAAUCUCUCUCGUGCAAUAUUAUGUACGAAUGUGUAAAAAUGUCUCUAAUCCUCAGCUUUAAUUGAUAUUGUAAAUAAUUAUCACGCAUUUUUAUUUUUCUAAAGCUUUAAAAAUAAAAACGAUUAUUCUAAUACAAAGGGAUUGUGGAGAUAAAGAGAUAUAUACGUCUUUCUCUCAUCUUGAAAUAAUCUUGAAACAUCUCGAAAUAAUUUAUAAAUUAUAUCCUUGAUGGAUUAUUCUAAUAAUCUAAUAUACAAAGCGAUCGUAGAGAGAACGAGAUGUAUCCGUGAAAUAAUUUAUAAAUUAUUUUCAUUUUGUAGUUUUAAUAAUUAACGAUAUACUCAACUAAAUUCGAGUAAAUAUUGUUACACAUAAACUGACGUAUAUAUAUAUGCGAUGCAAAAGUACUCAAGCUUGGAUUACAACAAAAAAAAUCAUUUAACGUAAUAUUUAUUAAAAUAUAAAUUAUAAUUGUUAUAUGUUAUUACGCUUGAUGGAUGCUUGAAUAAAUGCAAUGUAUAUUUUGAUCAUAUAUUUAUAUACCUCAAAAUUAUAGCGAUAAAAUUGUUGAGGCUUUGAUAUAAUAUAUCAUAAUUAUAAU